AUGGAGGAUCCGGCCUUAGAGUUGUGCGCUGGGGAAAUGAUCUUGUACUACAAUGCACGGUUCCUGCCAAUCUUUAAUUUGCCAUCACAUGUUUCGGGCGCCUCCCGUGAACCGUUCUUGCAGUUUAACGGCAUGAAGGCCAAGGUGAUGUACGCAUGCCUGCAACUUACCUUGGAUGAGGAGCACCGGCAGAUCCGUGCGGGAUUUCCCCGCCUCUCAGCCGCACUGGAAGUGGCCCGUGCCAUUGGCAAGUUGAGCGCGCUCAGAGCGGCUCGAAGUGCAGCAGCUGGAGGGGGACCGGGUGCUGGACCAGGGCUGGUGGCGGCGGGCCGCAGCAUGGCGGCGGCGGCGGAAGCCGCGGCGGCCGCUGCACCGGCGGCGGCGCUUCAGGCCCAUUGUCGGUCCGUGGUCGAACAGCUAGAUGCGAAGGUGUGCGAGGAAAUGCUGGCGGCGGGGGGAGCUCAGCUGCCUCGGCCGGCUAAGCGGCCACGGACAGCCUCUCCACCCCAAUCAUCCGGCCCCACCCCGGCCGCCCCUGGCCCCGCGUCCACCUCCUUCACUGUAACCGGACUGCCCAAGCCCCUGGAAACCGCCGCUCAGCUCCUUGGUGUGCUGCUGCGGAUACGUGCGCUGGACGGCUCAGCAGGCAGCAUGGCCGGGGGUGCGGCCCCAGCCCUGGGUGGCAUGAAGAUACAUGUACUGGACGAUAGCGGGAAUCCCCUGAGCCUGCCAUCGACUCUGACGGCCACCCUCAUGGCUGCGGCACAGGGCCAGGCGCCUGGAGCCAAGGCUGGGUCUGCACCCGGGGCAGCUGGUGGGGGGGGCCAAGCAAGGUUGGACGGGGCGUUGUUGGCAGCGAGCGCAGCGCGGCUGUGCAACGCCACGCAGGUGCGAAUGCUGCUCCCCGGCGUGCUUGUGGCCAAUGUGUUGCUGGAGGGCCCGGGCAACCCCGCCCCGCUGCGAGUGGCGGUGGACUGCGCGGACAAGGCCUUCGAGCUGGACCCAUGGGCCACUCCCACCACCCAGGUCUUCCGGCGCGUCAGUUCCCUGGCCACGCGCGUCCUCACCUACUACAAUAAGCGUGCCUCGCUGUCAGCGGCGCACCGGACCUUCACAUCUACAUCACUCAAUGCUGCUGCUCCCGCACCUGCCGCCGCCACGGCGGCCGUGGGGUUGCCUGCCGGAGCUGCGACGACCGGCGUCGCUGCGCUGCUGCCGCCUGAGCCCACCAGCCCUGGUGCAGCGGCACUGGAGGACUUCCUGUUGUGGCUUCUGAGUUGUCGGGACGUGUUCUCUAAGCGCUGUGCCGCUACCGGGCGCCUGAUGGCCUGGGACCCCUCCGUGCAGUACCCCGUGCCGCCCAUCUUCCGGGUGUUCAACCCUUGCCUGGUCGGUGCCUUGUCGACCCCUAGGCUGCCGCGCGAGGAGCUGCGGCUUCGUGCUGUGGACCUGUCCCGUGUGCCGGCCUACCACAUGCAUGUGGCACCCGUGGAGCAACUGGGCUGGGCGGAGGAUGUGCCUGCGGAGGCAGUGGAGGAACUGGGCAGCAGCGCCGCCAUCAUGGAAGUCACCUGCAGUGCCCCGGGG